GCCCUGCACCUGCCUCCCGGCGCCGCCCCGCCCCCCGCCCCGCGCGGAGCCGCCGCCGCCGCCUCGGGCCGAGCCGCCUCGGGAGCUGCUGCCGGAGCCGGCGCCCGCCAUGGGCACGGCGCGCGAGGGGAUGCGCUGCAUCAAGAUCCUGCUGUUCAUCUUCAACUUGACCUUCUGGCUGGCAGGACUGGCUGUCAUUGCCUUUGGUCUAUGGCUGCGGUUUGGUGGGGUUCUGGCAGACUUUGCUUCAGACAAAAAGUCUCCAGAGUAUGUCUUCAUGGGACUCUAUGUAUUGGUGGGAGCAGGGGCUCUCAUGACCACAGUUGGAUUUUUUGGGUGCUGUGGAGCAGCGCGGGAAUCUCAGUGCUUACUUGGAGCAUUCUUUGCAUGCUUGUUGGUGAUAUUUGCGGCUGAGGUCACUGCUGGAGUAUUUGCCUUUAUAGGCAAGAAAGUGGCAAUACAGGAAGUCCAGAAAAUUUAUGAAGACAUUUAUGAUGACUAUAUGAAAAACCCAGGGGUGAAUGUCAACAGGACUAUCUAUCGCUACCACUUGGCUCUCCAAUGCUGUGGUAAAGAUAAUAUGGAACAACAAAUGGGAUUACCCUGUCCCGAGAAUAUCCGGAUGCCAAAGAACUGCCUGGUUGAAAUCCAGAAUGUAAUUGACGCUAAUCUCCAUUUACUUGGAAUUGUUGGAAUUGCAAUUGCUGGCAUCACAGACUGGACCCUUCAUGCAAAUGCAGAAAGCUCUGGGGGAGGAAACAUGUCCAAGGAGAUCCAGGCUAAAGGAAGAGAGGGAAAGAGGUGGGAAGCUGGCAAGAUAACGCAGUCAUUUGGGAGCAAUUGCAGUGCAAAGUGUGCUUAAGAUUCCCAAGCUAGCCACACACACACACGCGCACACGCACGCACCAAAAAAAAAAAAAAAAAUCUAUGAGCUAAAGGGGCCACUAAAAUCUUUAUUCAGAAGCCCUUUAUCCUGCAAGACUCUAAUGGUAUAUAUGCUGGUGCAGGAGCAGAGCCUAUAUCCAGAAAAGCAGCAGCUUUGUCAGAUACUCUGUAGAAUCUAACUGGCCUGUGGAAGCCAACCGAAGAGUGAAAAUGGUCAGGUAAAGACACGCAGCACUUUAAUAUCCUCUGUUUCUGCUUCUGUGACUAUCACAGCUUCCAUGGGGCUCUUACCUCAACCUCUCACCGUUUCUUGCGGGUGUAAGGCAGGAAAGAAAGACGGGACGUUUUUACAAAGCCAUAAAGUAGAUUUUCUUACUGGCACCUUUAGAUUGCAUGUCAGGUAUAAAAAUUCCACUGUGUGCUUGAAAUACCUCAGGGCUUGCGUUUACAUAGUUUGUUUCUAUAUUUUUAUUUUUCUAUUUGUCAUAUUUAUUCAUAAGAGAAUGUUCCUUUUAAAACAGCCCAAGAGGGAGAAAGGUUGUCCCCAGAAGGGGAAAAUAAAUUACAUCAAAGGCUCAGAAUCUCUUAAUUUUUGGCUUACUCGAGAUAAUUCACCAUUUCAGAGAUCAGCUUUUUGCUAACAAUACCCAUGCAGCAGCUCUGUCUCCCUGAUGAUCACUAGUUCAGAUUUUGGAUGCAGUUAUUCCACACGUGAUGGGGAAAAAGUUCAGUUAAUCCAAGAAUCUCAUUGAAAUGGUCCACGAUGUCUAACAGGACUUGGCAUUCACAAGUCAUGGGGUCUUUAUUCCACUGAAACACAUGGAGAGAAAUGCGAUUUCAGAAAAUGUGUGCAUUCUAGUGCACAUCUUUGCGUGGAAUAUACAUCCCUCAUGAUAUUUUUCUCUCAUUUCCCAAAGAAACUCGAACUCCUAUCACUUUUCCCUUCAUGACUGGAAGUAGCAUUGCUGUUCCAUGUAUCUGGUUUAAUUGACAUAUCUUGCUGUCUUUUACAUUGAUCUCUCUUUUCAAAUUGUUCAACCACAAACUGUGACACUGCGACAUCUGUGCAGUAUGUAAUGUGCAGUAAAUGCUGGGUAUGCAGCAGGCACUGCCAUCCGAGCAGUCUCCAGGCCUGGCUUCAGGUACCCAGCUGACAGGGAGACAUUAUAUCCUAUGCCAAAGAAGAGUUAGGCUUGUAUCACUCUUCUCACAGCUGAUUAGCUACGGAUGCCAUGUAGAAGUAGGGCCUGGGACCUUAUUCUGCAAGUGUCAGACCGGGAAAUAGCACCCCACUGCUCCUAAGAAAGGCUCAACUGGGAGAAUGACACUGGCAGCGAAUCCAUGAGGGUCUCAAACCGAAACAAAGAAAUAAAGUUUCUCACAGCAGACAACUGACAUAGCCAAAGCAACUUCCUGGAUCCCAGGUACACUUGAGACUGUCCCUACAACUGGUUCUGCUCUAAAUAGGUAACGGGGUAGCAUACAGCUGGGGUGUUUUCUCCCAAGGCAAUACUGACAGAAGGAAGAAACCUCAGUCUAGUGUCACCUUCACCAUUCAGAGCAAGGCAGCUUUCCAGGAAAACCAGUAAAAAACAGCACAAUAGGGAAGCCAGUGGUUCAGGUUCCAAGAUUAUUACCUUACAGGGAAAGAACUUUAUUGCAAAUAAAACUACUUCCUUCUGUUACACUCCCCCUCACAAUGACAGUAUUUAUUUUCAACACAUCUACAUGUAAUUGGUUUUAAUUCCUCAGAUUUGUAGCACCAAAAUGUAAUGAUAGGACCAGACUAUACUUCUUUAUUUGUUUGCUGUUUCUUGAGUAAGCUGAAAGAUGGACACUCCUGCUUCUGAGAUGCACUUAAAAAGGCAGCUUGCAGAAACUUCUGUUGCUUCCCCAGCACCCCCACUCCCCCAGAAGUACAAAAAUAUCUAAAUGCCUUAUGAAAACAGGGAAGAGUGGUACAAAGAAACCUUCUACCAAUUCAAACUUGAACAACCUGACUUUCUGCUGAAGUGUUUUGGGUUUGUGGGGGUUUUUGUCUUCCUCUGAAUGGUGCAUUUGUUUUUCUGAUUAUAAUUACUGCUUAUACUCUAGGGUUCACUGCUGUUUAUGUAUACGGGAUACUUGCACUGCAUAUCAGGAACAGAAUAAUACCAGUUACCGGUUUAGUCCUCUAAGUUAUUGGUGUAACUUAAGCUGGAAAUCAACAUGUUAUGCAUCUACUAGUGCCUUUAACAGAAUCCAGAGAUAUAGCCUCUUUUGUUGUUUCCUGCUGCUGUCUGCUGUUGUCAGGUGCAUAAUAUAUUUGCUGUUUUCUCUGCAUCUUAGUAACUGAAAGUCUUUUUUAAUUCAUUAAGGGACAGAAAAUAUAGCUGUUCUUUCCCUGUCAAAGCUGUAAGAAUUCUUUCCUGUUGCUUUUAGGUCAUAGCCAGUUAACAACUCCAAUUUUCAUUGACUACCUUGAACGACUCUCUUUAAAUGCUCAGAUGUCACAAGCGGGGUUAUGGCUAUGAAGACUGGCUAUAUGGUGCCCACAGUUUAUUGUGCUGCUGCUCUUUCACUUCAGCUCUUGAAAGUGCAAAAUCUUUGUCAGCAGUACAAAAUAAUUUCCAAGCAACUACACCAUAUGUCUUCAGUAAGACAGCUUUUCAAAGGUAACUAAAUCCAAAACAGUAUCUAAACUUCUUUAAAUACAGUUCAUGCUCCAGAGCUGCCUGCCAGGAUUUAACUAGCAAACUCCAGUGCCGGUAUGCACCAGAUACACAGUAGAUACCAUGUAAGUCAGCAGAAGCACCCAUUUAGUCCUGUCCCUUGUACCUCUUUCAGACGAAAGUGACAAAAGAUCAGACCCCUCAAGGUGUUAUUUCUGAAAGCACAUCACAUAUUUUCUUCUUCUCCUGUGAGUUUGUUCUAAAGCAUAAAGAUAUAAAUUGUUGAUGCCCUUUUUAUAUCUGUAAAUGUCAUUAUUCACAUUUCCCUUGUCUAACUUUUCUAAGUAACUGACUUCAGUGGGAGCUUCAUUUGUUACAGGAAAACCUCAGCCAGUUUUGAUACCUUGCAGAGAUUGCACAGGAGCUGACGAAGCACAGCCCUGUAAUAUCCCUACAAUGAAGACUCAUAUUUCACUUUUCUUUAUACUGAAAGUGAUAGUUUUAUAGCAAAAUAUACUUCAUAUGUAUUGAAAAAGAAAUUUACUUAAGCCUUCAAAGGCUAUAUUCUACAGCCUUUGGAGACUACUGAUUAACAGCAUCAGAUACUGUUAGUAGAAAAUGUACAUAAAUAAAGCUUUUCAAUCUUA